CUUUCGCCUCGACUGGCCACGUGUGUGGGCUCAACUCCAAGCCACAGCCUCCUAAAAUGAUAGGGAGACCGCAAGUCCAUUGUCCGGAUGCCAACAAGUCCGGGACACCGGGUGGACCUGGCGGGGGCGACUGUCACUUGUACAUAAGUACGUACGACGCUCGACGCAGCGUUGGCUCGUGAAAGAGUCUCUAGUGCCCGCCCAUUCAGGCCAAUUUUGCCAUCAUGACGACCCCAAUCCCCACGACGACCAAGCAAUGGACACUGGCGAACAAGCCCACCGGCGCGCCUGUCCUCCAAGGUGAGGAUGCGACAUUCAAGCUGCAGACUGCCAAUCUGCCCGCCCUCCAAGAUGGACAAAUGCUCGGCCAGGUGCAAUACUUCUCCAAUGACACGGGCCUCCGCAACUUCAUCCAGAGCACCGUCGCCCCGGAGCGUUUCUACGUACCCACCGUCCCCAUCGGCUCGCCCAUGCGCUCCGGCGUGAUCGUCAAGGUUAUCCAGUCCAAGUCGGAGAAAUUCCAGCCGGGCGAUCUGGCGCUCGAUUUCCAUCUCGGCACCUGGAGCGAGUACAUCGUCCUCGACGCGGAGCAGAGUCAGCCCCUUGGCGCGCUGCCUCCUGGCGUGCAACCAACACACUUCCUCGGCGCCCUGGGUGCGUCUGGCAUCGCCGCCUACUCAGGCCUUCACUAUGCCGCGCAGACCAAGCCCGAGCACACCGUGGUCAUCUCAGUAGCGGCCGGCGCGACGGGUAGCGUGGCUGUCCAGAUCGCCGCCAAGUUGAUUGGCGCGAAAAAGGUCAUUGGCAUUGCCGGGACCGACGCGAAGUGCGCCUGGGUCAAGGACACGCUGGGCGCGCACGAGUGUCUCAACUACAAGAGCCCUACCUUUGCCGAGGACCUCAAAAAGGCCACGCCCGAGGACGUGGAUGUGUACUUUGACAAUGCGGGCGGCGAGAUUCUCGACCUCAUGCUGACGCGCAUGAAGAAGGGGGGCCAGGUUACCGUGUGCGGCGCCGUCAGCCAGUACAACAGCGACCAGCCCAUGGCGCUGCGCAACUGGUUUGAGGUGGUGUCCAUGCGCAUCCAGAUCCGCGGCUUCAUCAUGCUGGACUACAUGGACAAGGUGCCGGCGAUCCUGGGCGAGCUGAUGGGCGCCAUCGGAGAGGGGAAGCUGGUUCUCGACGGCGGGGAAACGAUUGUCGAGGCGCGCAUCGAGGAGCAGCCAGAGAUUUGGGCGCGGCUCUUUAGUGGGGGAAACCAAGGAAAGUCGAUUACAAAGCUCUUCGUGUAGAGAUGCGAGUCAUUGUGAACAAUUGCCAACUAUUGAGUCUACGUUGGUGAAGUGAAGUUUUAAAAAACAAGGUGAGACCUCGCAGUAAAUUGUGUGGUGACGAACAAGGGACGUCACGUGGUGGGU